AAUUUUUUAUCACACACCGAAAAAAAAGUACACCGUACACCGAAAAACAAACGAAAGCUUCAUCACUUCAAGAAAGUAAAAGUUGUUGAUCUCUGAAAGCUCUCAUCGAAAGUUUAAGAGGAAUUCAAAUUCUGGACCAGUAAAUAUUCAAAUUUGCUUUGUAUGGUACCCAAGACACUUCUUAGUAUUCGUGUGCUUAGUUGAAAAAUCAUAAAUGCAAGCUGACCGACAAUCACUCAUUAGCAUAAUAAUUUUUUCAAAUUUCUAUCUAUAUUUCGUGUGAAUACUUUAUAACUCGAGAAUUUUCGUGCGUUGUGUGUCCAGUUCGUUGAUUUAUAAGAAGUUUGAACACAGCUUGAAAGUUUUAAUACACAAGAGAACGUUCGUACAGAUCGUAUUAUGAAUAAAAACCCUGAAUUGAUUUUGUUGUUCAGUGGAAAAAGAAAAUCUGGAAAAGAUUUCAUCACCGAUUUACUACUUGAAAAAUUUGAUAAAGAGCUUGCUGUGAUAAUUAAAAUUUCGGGUCCUAUCAAGAGUUAUUGGGCCCAGACGAAUAAUGUAGCCCUUGAUGAACUUCUCAGUUCUGGCGAAACCAAAGAACAGUAUAGAAAAGAUAUGAUUAUUUGGAGUGAACAAUUAAGGAAUCAAGAUCCUGGUGUUUUCUGCAGACAGGCAAUAGAAAUGUAUCGAGCUGUUCAAUGGCCAGUAUGGAUUGUGAGUGACGUUAGACGCAAGACAGAUGUUGAAUGGUUUCAGAAUAAUUACUCAGGCAAAGUAAAAACUAUUCGUAUUGAAGCAUCUGAAGAUAGUAGAAAAAAACGUGGCUGGUCGUUUGUUUCCGGAGUUGAUGAUGUUGCUUCAGAAUGCGAUUUAGAUGAUUAUUGCGGAUGGGAUUGGAUAAUUCAUAACGAUGGUGACAAAUCCAUUGAUGAUCCUUUGACAAGCAUCAUUGCUUGCAUUCAGAGCGUUACUCAAGUGCCUUAAAAAAAAACUCAAAAAAGUGAAACAGAUACGCACAUCUUCGCAGGUAGGUACUUCUACCUGUAUGUAUUUCAUUGAAUGAUCUGAUCUAUGGAUAUAUGAAAAAUAAUUUUAUUUAAUGAUGAAACUUCUUCGACUUCUUCGUUAAGACUGUUUAUUGGGUGCAAUUUUUUAUUUAUUUUUGGGUAUUACUCUAUUGUUAUUGUUUACGGUACAUUUAUAUUUGUUAUUUGUAAAAUUAUUAAAUGAUUUUAUAAGUUGA